AUGCUGUCAGUGAGCAAAAAUGGGAUUUGUGAUGAGGAGGAGAGAGAAAAAGAGAGGACAGAAAAAAAUACAAAUGGCCUGGAAACAUGCCGUGGGAAUGAUGAAAGAUUGUUCAAUCAGAAAACGGUUUCAUAUGUCCCAAUUCUUUAUAUGCUGAACAGCUAUCCUCAUUAUGAACCUAAUUUCUACCAACGUAGACCAGCUAUACUGAUUAAUAGUCCAUAUAUGCUUCACACAUAUUAUGCAAAACCAGCUGUACGUAAGCCACAUGCCCAAAUUCCUCAGCAGGCGGUCCUGCCAGAUAUUCACCCACCCACCAUGGCACGUCACCCACGCCAACAUCCAUCACUUUUUGCCAUGCCUCCAAAGAAAACUGAGGCUAAAACAACCAUCCCCACCACUGCUACUGAUGAGCCUAUACCACUUCCUGCCACUGAACCAGUGGUGAACAGUGUAGUCCCUCCAGAAGCUUCCUCAGAGUCCUCCAUCACCGCAAACACCCCAGAGACUACUGCAGUCCAGGUUACUUCAACCGUGGCAUAA